AGAAUGAUCAUCAUAGGUCUGAGUCGGCAUUCAAAGCUAUCGCAUUGGCAAUACGUGAAGCAAUAGAGCGUACGGGUGACAAUGAAGUCCCGAGCACCAAAGGAGUUCUGUGAACGCAUUACGUGUCAAAAUUGGAUUGUGUGUUGUGAUGAAAUGUUUAUUUGUUGUACAGUAUUGCCUACUGUUGAAAUCGGGGCCCCAUAAAUUAGAUUCGCAGGUUCGCAUGCUUUGCGAUCGCGAUGGGCUUUGUAUCUCCCGAUGCUGGUAGCGGCCGAGCACGGACUUAUGAACAUGCCUACAAAUCGAUUCUUGCAUCUCGCCGGCGUUUCCCUUCUACUUCUGCUGCAUCCGUGAUCUUGCUUGUUCCUCCAGAGGUGGACGCGCUCUGUGCCGCACGCAUACUCUCGACGCUGUUUAAGCAGGACGAUGUUGGGUAUCGCAUAAUCCCUGUCUCAGGUUAUCAGCACCUUGAAGAAAUCCGAGAUGAGCUUGUCACUAACCAAGAGCUGCAUACACUUAUCUUAAUAAACAUUGGUUCCCUUCUCGAUCUUCCUUCCUCGGACUGGUUCGGCGAUUUCAAUUCCAAUGUGGCAAUACAUGUCGUCGACUCUACACGUCCUCAAAAUUUAUCGAGUCUUUUUGGUACAACUCCAGAAGCCCAGCGGAUCACGGUCUGGGAUGAUGGUAGCGCCAGGAACCUAUCGGAGGUUCAAGCAGCAUACGAGUCCAUGGAGAUGUAUCCAGGGUCCGACUCAUCGGGGUCAGAUUCAGAAGAUGACAGCGAGGAUUAUGAUGGAGAGAGUGUCCAGGGGUCGGGCAAUGAUGAUAUAUUCUCUUCAAACUCGAACGGUGAUUCGCGCCUGCCGCCGCGGCGACGCCGACGUUUGGAUGCAAGUGCGCAAAAUGCCGGUCCGUCUCGACUUCAACGGGAAGAAUACCGGGCCAGACUGGACAAGCAUUAUUCCUCCGGUAUUUGGUAUGGUCAGAGUGCGUCUGGAAUUAUCUAUGCACUAUCCACGAUGUUGGACAGAGCUGAUAAUGGUUUGUUGUGGCGGGCUCGCCAUCCUGGGCUCACCCACCAGUAUUCAUCUUUUCGAAUUCCGCGGGAUCGCUACGAGGGGUAUCACGCGAUUUUUAACGAUGAAGUGGCGCGGCUGAAUUUGAGUGUUCCACAACCCACCGAAUUGAACCCUGAUGAUCAAGCGAUUCGUACAUGCCACGAAUUCCGAUUCAGCUUGUUCCGUCAAUGGAAUUUGUAUGAUGCUAUGUUUCAUUCAAGUUACGUAGCUAAUAAGCUCGGGAUAUGGCAAGAAAGAGGCAGGAAUCGCCUUCAAGGUCUUUUGGCCAAGAUGGGGUUCGCCCUCCAGCAGGCUCAACAGGCAUAUCAACACAUGGACAUGGAUCUUAGACACUCUCUAGGGCAAAGGCUGGAGAACAUUGCUCCAGAGUACGGACUUUUGGAAUUGACCUACCCUUCUUUCCUCCGAUCCUACGGGUUUCGCUCCCAGCCCUUGCCGGCUUCUGACGUCGUGGAAAGCGUAUCUGCUUUGCUUCAGGCCGCCGGUGGAGUUCGCAUUGAAGUAGAGUCAGAGAGUGGUCAAGGAGGUGGCGAAUGCCCUCUCGCCGAGCGGAACUGGAGCCUUGGGGAUACGCAUGAUGAUCUCGGAAACCGCGAUAACGACAAGGAGGAAGGCAGUAAUGACAUUGAGCAAUGGUGGAUGAAGAAUUUUUGGUCAGCGUUCGAUGCCUUGAGCGACGAUUUAACGCUCGUUCAAAGAGCAGUGCCGCUUUCUAAAGCGCUGCAUCGUGCAGUUGUACGGCAAGGCUCCGCGCUCAUCGACAAACGUGUAGUACGGACAUAUCGUUCCUUCAAACUCGCUACAACUUUUUGUCAACCAGGCACGCUUUCCCGCCUAGGGCUUUGGCUAUCCGAGGUGCUUCGUGAUCGUCAAGCAAACAUGAACGAUCGCAGUACGAGGAGACUCCCAGUGUUGGUGGCCUGCCUCAAUCAGGCCGAAGACAGUUUUCUUGUUGUGGGUGUCCCAGCAACAACCGAGGAGGGGGAUGUUAGGAAAAACCAUUUCGGUGUUGCUUUCAUAGAAGCGAAGGAACGCUCGAACGCUCGAACGCGCCAGGGAGGGACAUUUGAUACCAGUGUUAUCGAAGUGAAGAAAGAGGACUUCACAACCUUCCUCGAAGAACUUCAACUCAUAUGUUGACCAAUUUUCUGCAGAAUGAACCUUUACCACGUUGUACUGUGUUAUUCGAAGUAUCUUUCCAUCAAUGGGGCCAAUAAAUUAUUACUGCGUGUUCACUCUAAAC